AUGCCUGAGGAUUUUGAGGACGGGGAAGAUGAGGAGGAGGACGAGCUUGCGGAGAGCACACAGCACACCGUUCGCCCCAACAGCCAGGAUCUUUUUCUCAGCCUGACUGAAGUAGCCUCCCAGCCCUCCCAAGGCGAUAUCCUGGACCAUGAAGCCAUAGAAGGGACCUCUGCUUCCUUGAAUUGUGGACAUCAGAACUGGACACAGGCUUCUAGUAGUGGUGCACUAGUGCCAAAUACAGAGGAGCUGGUGACCUUCGAAGAGGUGGCUGUGUAUUUCACCGAGGAGGAGUGGGCUCUGCUGGACCCGGGUCAGAGAGCUUUGUACAGGGAUGUCAUGCAGGAGAAUUAUGAGAAUGUGACCUCGCUGGGAUUUCCGAUUCCCAAACCUGAAGUGAUCUCCCAGCUGGAACGGGGAGAAGAGCCGUGGCUCACAGAUCUCCAGGGCUCAGAGGAAAGGGGAAUCCUGAGAUAUAGCCAUGCAGCUGAUGGGAUCAAGAAUGAGCAUGAAGAGGUGAAUCCUCAGCUGGGAGGUCCUGAGCAAGUGGAACAGCAUGGGACACUAUUAGAAAGAUCCAAAGGAAACAUCUGUUGGAGUGUUGGGCAAGGAAAAACCUGUGAGAAUCAGUGUGGCACAGAAAGGCCACUGGGAAACCAGCCGGUGAAGAAAGUGGAUAAAUCCACUAAUUGUGGGAGAGGUCUGAAGCACCUCAAGAAAACCAGAGUCCAGAGGAUCCACAUGGGAGAGAGACCAAGCACAUGCAGUGAGUGUGGGAAAAGCUUCAGUAGUCAUUCACACCUUCUUAUACAUCAAAGAAUCCACACAGGAGAAAAGCCCUAUAAAUGCCCCCAGUGUGGGAAGAGCUUCAACCAGAGCCCAAACCUUGUUACACAUCUAAGAAUCCACACUGGAGAGCGACCCUAUAAAUGCCAGGAAUGUGGGAAAAGCUUCACUGCAAACUCCACCUUUAUUAAACACCAGAGAAUCCACACAGGAGAAAAACCCUAUAAAUGCCCCGACUGCGGGAGAAGCUUCAAUCAGAGCUCAGACCUUAUUAGACAUCAGAGACUCCAUACGGGAGAGAAGCCCUUUAGCUGCCCCGACUGUGGGAAAAGAUCCAGUGACAGCUCAGCCCUUAUUGUACAUCAGAGAAUCCACACGGGAGAGAGACCCUAUCGAUGCCCUGUCUGUGGAAAAGGCUUCACUUGCUCUUCACACCUGAUAACGCAUCAGAGAACCCAUACGGGAGAAAAACCAUAUAAAUGUCCUUACUGUAGGCAAAGCUUCAAACGGAGCUCAGACUUAACUAGACAUGAGAGAAUCCACACAGGAGAGAGACCCUAUAGCUGUCCCAACUGUGGGAAAAGCUUCAACAAUAGCUCAGCCCUUACUUUACAUCUGAAAACCCACACAGGAGAGAAACCGUAUAAGUGCCUCAACUGUGGGAAAAACUUCACUCGCAGCUCACGCCUCAUCGAACAUCAGAGAGUCCACACAGGAGAGAAACCCUAUAAAUGCCUCGACUGCGGGAAAAGUUUCAGUGUGAACUCAGCCCUCAUUAGACAUCAGAGAGUGCACACAGGAGAGAAGCCUUAUAAAUGCCCUGACUGUGAGAAAAGCUUCAAUGUGAGUUCAUCCCUUAAAACACAUCGGAGAAUCCAUACGGGCGAGAGACCCUAUAGAUGCCCCGACUGUGGGAAAAACUUCAAGGAGAGAUCAAGCCUUAUUAACCAUGAGAGAAUCCACACAGGAGAGAGCCUCCUUUCCCUGUCUAGAAAAGAAAUCCGCGUUAGCAUGCGCCUUACCCGGACGAUGAAACACGCUGAAGUCGUACGGUUGGAGGGACAGGUAGGUCACCUCUUCCUGGCCGAGAUGGCAUUUCGCCGGAUUGGCCGUGAGCCCAGCUUCUCGGAGGGCCUGGAGGACUCCCCUGAGGUGGCGAAGGUGGUCUUUCCAGCUGCGACUGUAGAUCACGAUGUCAUCUAUAUAUGCUGCUGCGUAUUGAUCGUGAGGCAACAAGAGCUUAUUCAUCAGCCGCUGAAACGUUGCUGCAGCGCCGUGUAA